AUGGACUCAUCGGAUAAUUCAGCAAUGUUAAUGCAUUUAUUGGAAAAUGAUGGUGAUAAUCCUUUCUGUGCUAUCUUUCUACCAACAAUGAAUAGAUCAACUUAUCAUACACCAAUGGUAUGGCAACAUAUACAACGUGCAGCACCGCUUCAUGUUCAGCCAUUCUCACAGAAUACUGUUGGAAAGGUAUUGUUAACAUUACAAUAUAGUCUUAUAAAGAACAGGCUAAUUGUUGAUCUCAUUCAAGUUAAAGAUAUCGUAGGAAGACAAAACUGCGAUAUUUUCCUCAGUACACAAUUGGUGCAAAAUUGUAAAAUACUGGAGAAAUAUGAAAUAUCCAGAAAAUGCUAUGCAUCAAAUAUUUAUUUCAAAACAACAAUGGAAUUCAAUGUACCAAUCACAUUUUUUUAUUCCAACGAUGCCAAUCUUCUCAUUAAGGUUUGCCAAAAUACGAAAAAGGCUGAUGAAAUUGGUCAUCUUGUAAUAGGCCCACAGGGAAAUUCAGCAGGUGUACAGCAUUGGAGGAAAAUAUUUAACACACCAAAUACUUCAUUUUCAGCAUGGCAUGUGUUAACAUCUGCGAUAAGUUCAUCAAAUAAAUUUUUUAAUUAUAAUCUUUACAGCAAUUAA